CCGGGGCUGCAGCGGCAGUAGCAGCUGGCACCCUGGCAGCCGCGGCCCAGAGGGUCGCGGGGCACAGAGGCGACUUCCGGCCACCUUCUGCCCAGCCACUGAAGCCGCAGAAGCUGCCGAUGAGUGAGAAGAGGGCAGCAAGAUUUCGGGCUUUUGGUCCCUGAAUGCUUUCACUCUGCUUCUGCCACUGGGGCCGCUUUGGUGCCUGAGAACUCUGAGACCAGACGGGAGAGGAGAGCAAGGACGAUGUAAACUUGCGCGGCGGCGGCCUGAGCCUCCGCUCCGCAGCGCAACGGCUGGAUUCAGGUCCAGAAGUUCAGCUAGUAGUGCAGUCCGAAGACCUCCCGCUGCGGAGGAUCGCGGGAGGGUGCGCGAGAAAACAGCUGGUGCCUGGUGCCCUCGUUUCCCUGCUAGACGCGGAAGAGGAGCUCAGAAGAGCCGAAAGCAGCUCAGGAGGCGGCUAGGACACCAAAUACCAGCUCGGAGCCACCGUUCCCGGCACAAAAGUUGCAGAGGGUUGGAGGCCGCUCAAGAGUGGACAGACCACAGCUCAGGCCGCGAGGGGCAGGAGAGGACGGUACCUAAUUGCCGUCUCCCGUCAACCAUAGUAGUCUUUCUCAUUCCAAAGCUCGGCGAUCAACGGGCGGGGGCGCGGCAUUCUGCACGGCAUAGGGUCCCAGCUGCUGAGCCCUUCGCGCUUCAGGGUCUCUUGACACGCCCCUGAGCUUCCAGCCCCGUUUUAUUGAGAUUCCUGCUCUCCUCCUUGCAGUGGGAGGAAAGGAAAUCUAGUGCACGGACAGUCCCCCGAGAUUUGGUGGAAGGAGCCUGUCAGGACCAACGACUGUUAGGAACCCCUUCUCAUCUGAGGGGGAGCGGAGGGUGAGGCUGGAUCCCGGGGAAUCGAAGCUCUAGCAUAAACAGUCACCCUUUGGCGGGAUGGGAGCCAUAGGGCUUCUGUGGCUGCUGCUAUUGCUGCUGCUUUCACCGGCAGCUUCAGGCUCCGGGACUGGGAUCGAGACCGGCCAGCGCGUGGGCUCUCCGGCCACGGGGCCGGCCCUGCAGCCCCGGGAGCCGCUUAGCUACUCGCGCCUGCAGAGGAAGAGCCUGGCUGUGGACUUUGUCGUGCCCUCGCUUUUUCGCGUCUACGCUCGGGACCUGCUGCUACCACCGCCGUCCCCCUCGGAGCCGAGGGCUGGCCGGCUGGAGGCGCGCGGCUCGCUGGCUCUAGACUGCGCCCCACUGCUUAGGCUGGUGGGGCCACCACCCGGGGUCUCGUGGACAGCAGGCGCCAGCUCUCCCACCCCGGCUCAAGCACGGACGCUGUCCAGGGUUCUGAAGGGAGGCUCGAUUCGCAAGCUUCGGCGAGCCAAGCAGCUGGUGCUGGAGCUUGGAGAGGAGGCGAUCCUUGAGGGCUGUGUCGGGCCUCCAGAGGAGGCGACUGCGGGGCUGCUUCAGUUCAAUCUCACUGAGCUGUUCAGUUGGUGGAUUCGACACGGCGAAGGGCGGCUGAGGAUCCGCUUGAUGCCGGAGAAGAAGGUGUCUGAAGUGGGCAGAGAGGGAAGACUGUCCGCCGCGAUCCGCGCCUCCCAGCCCCGCCUUCUCUUCCAGAUCUUUGGGACCGGUCAGAGCUCCCUGGAGUCACCAACAAACCUGCCUUCUCUUCCUCCUGAUUCUUUUGCAUGGAAUCUGACCUGGAUAAUGAAAGAUUCCUUCCCUUUCCUGUCUCAUCGCAGCCGAUAUGGUCUGGAGUGCAGCUUUGACUUCCCCUGUGAGCUGGAGUAUUCCCCUCCACUGCACAACCUUGGCAACCAGAGCUGGUCCUGGCGCCAUGUUUCUUCUGAGGAGGCCUCUCAGAUGGACCUGUUGGAUGGGCCUGAGGCGGAGCAUUCCAAGGAAAUGCCCAGAGGUGCCUUCCUCCUCCUCAACACCUCGGCAAACUCCAAGCACACCAUCCUGAGCCCAUGGAUGAGGAGCAGCAGCGAGCACUGCAGGCUGGCCGUCUCGGUGCACCGGCACCUGCAGCCGUCGGGCAGGUACGUCGCUCAGCUGCUGCCCCACAACGAGGCUGGAAGAGAGAUCCUCCUGGUACCCACUCCGGGAAAGCAUGGUUGGACUGUGCUGCAGGGAAGAAUUGGGCGCCCAGAGAACCCGUUCCGAGUGGCCCUGGAAUAUAUCUCAAAUGGAAACCGAAGCUUAUCUGCAGUGGACUUCUUUGCCCUAAAGAACUGCAGUGAAGGAACGUCCCCGGGCUCCAAGAUGGCCUUGCAGAGUUCCUUCACUUGCUGGAAUGGGACAGUCCUUCAGCUCGGGCAGGCCUGUGACUUCCACCAGGACUGUGCCCAGGGAGAAGACGAGGGCCAGCUGUGCCGUAAACUCCCUGCUGGUUUUUACUGUGACUUCGAGGAUGGCUUCUGCGGCUGGACCCAAAGCUCACCAUCACCCCACAUGCCCCAGUGGCAAGUCCGGGCCUUAAAGGAUGCCCGGUUCCAGGACCAUCAAGGCCACGCCCUAUUGCUCAGCAUCACUGACGCCCCCACCUCUGAAAAUGCCACAGUGACCAGCGCUACAUUUCCCGCGCCCAUGAAGAACUCUCCGUGUGAGCUCCGAAUGUCCUGGCUCAUCCGUGGAGUCCUGCAGGGAAAUGUCUCCUUGAUGCUGGUGGAGAACAAAACCGGGAAGGAACAAAGCCGAAUGAUCUGGCAUGUUGCCACCCUGGAAGGCUUGAGCCUGUGGCAGUGGACGGUGCUGCCUCUCCUCGAGGUGGCUGACAGGUUCUGGCUACAGAUUGUUGCGUGGUGGGGACAAGGAUCCAGAGCCACGGUGGCCUUUGACAAUAUCUCCGUCAGCCUGGACUGCUACCUCACCAUCAGCGGGGAGGACAAGAUGCCACAGAACACAGCACCCAAGUCAAGAAAUCUGUUUGAGAGAAACCUGAACAAUGAGCUGAAACCCUGGGUGAACCCAUCGAAAGAAACCCCCAUCUUUGACCCUACAGUUCACUGGCUGUUCACCACAUGCGGGGCCAGUGGGCCCCACGGCCCCACGCAGGCCCAGUGCAACAACGCCUACCGGAACUCCAACCUGAGCGUGGUGGUGGGGAGCGAGGGCCCCCUGAAGGGCAUCCAGACCUGGAAGGUGCCAGCCACCGACACCUACAGCAUCUCCGGCUAUGGGGCGGCUGGUGGGAAAGGUGGGAAGAACACCAUGAUGCGGUCCCACGGCGUGUCUGUGCUGGGCAUCUUCAACCUGGAGAAGGACGACACGCUCUACAUCCUGGUCGGGCAGCAAGGGGAAGAUGCCUGCCCCAGCACAAACCGAUUAAUCCAGAAAGUCUGCAUUGGAGAAAACAACGUGAUAGAAGAAGAAAUCCGCGUGAACAAAAGCGUGCACGAGUGGGCAGGAGGGGGCGGAGGAGGGGGAGGAGCCACCUACGUGUUUAAGAUGAAGGAUGGCGUGCCGGUGCCUCUGAUCAUUGCAGCCGGUGGUGGUGGCAGGGCCUAUGGGGCCAAGACAGACACGUUCCACCCAGAGAGACUGGAGAAUAACUCCUCAGUCCUAGGGCUGAAUGGCAAUUCUGGAGCUGCAGGUGGUGGAGGUGGCUGGAGUGAUAACACUUCCUUGCUCUGGUCUGGAAAAUCUUUGCUGGAAGGUGCCACCGGAGGACAUUCCUGCCCCCAGGCCAUGAAGAAGUGGGGGUGGGAGACAAGAGGGGGUUUCGGAGGGGGUGGAGGGGGGUGCUCCUCCGGUGGAGGAGGCGGAGGAUAUAUAGGUGGCAACGCAGCCUCAAACAAUGACCCCGAGAUGGACGGGGAGGACGGGGUUUCUUUCAUCAAUCCACUGGGCAUCCUGUACACCCCAGCUUUAAAAGUGAUGGAGGGCCACGGGGAAGUGAACAUUAAGCAUUACCUAAACUGCAGCCACUGCGAGGUAGACGAGUGCCACAUGGACCCCGAGAGCCACAAAAUCAUCUGCUUCUGUGACCAUGGGACCGUGCUGGCCGAGGACGGUGUCUCCUGCAUUGUAUCGCCCACCCCGGAGCCCCAUCUGCCACUCUCACUGAUUCUCUCCGUCGUGACCUCUGCCCUGGUGGCCGCCCUCGUCCUGGCUUUCUCUGGCAUCAUGAUCGUGUACCGCAGGAAGCACCAGGAGCUGCAAGCCAUGCAGAUGGAGCUGCAGAGCCCAGAGUACAAGCUGAGCAAACUCCGCACCUCCACCAUCAUGACCGACUACAAUCCCAACUACUGUUUUGCUGGCAAGACCUCCUCCAUCAGUGACCUGAAGGAGGUGCCACGGAAAAACAUCACCCUCAUCCGGGGCCUGGGCCACGGCGCGUUUGGGGAGGUGUAUGAAGGUCAGGUGUCUGGAAUGCCCAACGACCCCAGCCCCCUGCAAGUGGCUGUAAAGACGCUGCCGGAGGUGUGCUCCGAACAGGACGAACUGGAUUUCCUCAUGGAAGCCCUGAUCAUCAGCAAAUUCAACCACCAGAACAUCGUGCGCUGUAUUGGCGUGAGUCUGCAAGCCCUGCCCCGAUUUAUCCUGCUGGAGCUCAUGGCAGGAGGAGACCUCAAGUCCUUCCUCCGGGAGACACGCCCCCGCCCGAACCAGCCCUCCUCCCUGGCCAUGCUGGAUCUCCUGCAUGUGGCUCGGGACAUCGCCUGCGGCUGUCAGUAUCUAGAAGAGAAUCACUUCAUCCACCGGGACAUUGCUGCCAGGAACUGCCUCUUGACCUGCCCAGGCCCUGGAAGAGUGGCCAAGAUUGGAGACUUCGGAAUGGCCCGUGAUAUCUACAGGGCAAGCUACUACCGAAAAGGAGGCUGUGCAAUGCUGCCAGUCAAGUGGAUGCCCCCAGAGGCCUUCAUGGAAGGAAUAUUUACUUCUAAAACAGACACGUGGUCCUUCGGAGUGCUGCUAUGGGAAAUCUUCUCUCUUGGAUACAUGCCAUACCCUAGCAAAAGCAACCAGGAAGUCCUGGAGUUCGUCACCAGUGGAGGACGGAUGGACCCACCUAAGAACUGCCCGGGGCCUGUAUACAGGAUAAUGACCCAAUGCUGGCAACAUCAGCCUGAAGACAGGCCCAACUUUGCCAUAAUUUUGGAGAGGAUUGAAUACUGCACUCAGGACCCAGAUGUGAUCAACACCGCUUUGCCCGUAGAAUACGGGCCCCUCGUGGAAGAGGAGGAGAAGGUGCCCAUGAGGCCCCAGGACCCCGAGGGAAUCCCUCCUCUCCUGGUCUCGGCGGCCCAGGCCAAGCGUGAGGAGGGCCGCGAGCCGGCCGCCCCCGCCGCUCUGCCCUCGGCUCUGCCGGGCAAGGCCGGCAAGAAGCCCGCGGCCGCGGAGGCCUGUGUCCGAGGCGGCGCCCGGCCGCCGGCGGUGGACGGGGGACACGUCAACAUGGCCUUCUCGCAGUCCAACCCGCCUUCGGAGCUGCCCCAAGUGCAAGGCUCUAGGAACAAGCCCACCAGCCUCUGGAACCCCACCUACGGCUCCUGGUUUACAGAGAAACCCACCAAAAAGAACACUCCACCGGCCAAGAAGGAGCAGCGCGAGCGGGGGCCCCCGGGCGGCGAGGGCGCCCGUGCUGUCCCGGCCCCCGCGUCCGCCGCCCGCCGCCCGGGCGCCUCGCUGCUCCUCGAGCCGUCGGCGCUGACCGCCAGCCUGCGGGACGUGCCUCUGUUCAGGCUGCGCCACUUCCCGUGCGGCACCGUCAACUACGGCUACCAGCAGCAGGGCUUCCCCCCGGAGGCCGCCGGCCCGGGCCGCUACGAGGACCCCGCGCCCAAGAGCCAGCCUGCGCCCUGAGCCCCAGCCCGGCCCGGGGAGGGACAGGUAACGGCUCCUCCGCAAACCACUGACCAAAUGUCACUCUUCAUUCUGUGCCAACUUGUUUUGAAGUGCCACAUCAAAAGCUGUGUUUUCAAAUUGCUUCUAAAGGUUUGGAGCACGGGUUCAUCCCAGUCUUGCAAAAGGAGAACAUCUCAUAAAGUCGAGCGAUCAGCGCGAGGCCGGGCGGGACGGGGCUGCGUAGGGUUCUGACGGAUGGCUGGUGUCCACCUGCUCCCGCUUCUUUCCCUGUCCCGUGUGCUCGGCGCCACGCUCGCAGAGCUAGCCGCUCCUGUGUUUGCUAGUCGGAGUCAUAGGUGUUCCCUCACCUGGUCAAUGUGGGCCUGGACCACUUGAGAGCCGAGGGAACAGAAAUAAAGUUCUCUGUAGUGUCAGCGCGGGGACAUUCUUUACUUGGAAAAGAAAAAUCAUAGCCAGCUCACUGGAAGGUCACUGUGGAUGAUGCUGGCUUUCACUUGUGCUGGGUCAUCAACCACCAUAUCAUAAAAAUGUGGUGACUAGAGUAGUAGAGAGAAAAUGUGUAUACACUCACCUGAAUGAAACACAAGUACUCAAAGUGCUUUGAGGAUGGUAAGAUCCAGAGAGUCCAACAUCCUGGUAAUAUACCUCAUGCCUUAAGAAAACCUUCCUACUAAUGGUGAACAGCUGAGUGUGAGGUUUCCUACUGCAUCGAAAAUCUGAGAUUUAAAAUUUUAAUUACUUAUUUUAAAAGCUGGCACUAAAAUAAACUCCGACAAUAUAAUUUAAAAAAAAAAUUUUAAUGUAAGCAACAGUGAUACAUCAACGCAUAAAAACAUAUCCAUUCAUGGGCAUUAGUGUCACACUUCCUAACAAUUUCAAUCAUGAAGGUUACCAAGUUGAAGUUUCUAUUCCUGGAGAUGAUUCAGGGGAGCAGCAGGCCCUCCAGUGGUCCUAAGGAGAGGUACUGAUUCAGUAUCCUUCCUUUCAGGAUUCACCCCAGUUCUGGCUCCUUAAUAGUGUGUGAUUCUAGCACACAUGGGAACAGAAAUUGACUGAAACACAAGGCAUAAUUUGUAUACCUGUCAAAUACAGAGUAAAACAAUUUUUUUCUCUGGGUGACAAGUGAAGGAAUUAAAGAACACGUGGAGUGCUGAGGUUGGUAGUGACAUGUUACAAAGAGAGUUCUGAACUUGGUUUUCACACAUGAAAUUUAUCUCCAUUGCAGACAAGUUGGGAAUCUGUUAAAUCUUACACACAGACGUAUGCAAUGAUGCUUUAUCAGAAAGUUUUCAUCUCUUUCUGCUCGCCUCCAUUCUCUUUCCCAGUUUCAUUUCUGGUGGUAGCUGUGCCAGAACCUCACUUUGGGAUGACAACAUUUUUUAUCACUUGUUAAGCACUAAACAUUCCCAAGCAAAAGUACUGUGUCUAUCCACCUUCCCCUGCCUUCACAACUCCACUUGCAUCAACAGUCUCAUCUGGACGUGAGGCCAUUCUGUUCUAAGCCAAUACCAGACCAGUGAGUGUUGAUUCCCCUAUGGCAGAGCCUUGCCUAGUCAGUAGUUCUUCACAUCUUGAGAAGCUUAGAUACCUUGGACAUCACUUUUCUUAUCUUCUUGACUGCCAAAAGUAUUUUCAUUGGACACACAUGAAGAUGAAACAUCAAUGAACUCAUCUCUUAAUACUUGUAUCAACAAAGUUUUAGCUCAUGCCCGGCACAAAGUUAAUAGUCUAAUUAUAUAACCAUUAACUCAUAAACCACCUGAAGGUGUCCAAGAAUCACACUUUGAAAAAUACCCUCCUAAAAGGAUGACAGAGCAACUGUCAUAACAAGAACAACUUUAUAUUUGUGACACCAGUAACCAAUUAAACAGGGAGCAUGCUACGUGGUUAAACAGCCAACUCUUUCAUUAACAAGGGAAAAAUCUUAUCCCUUUCUCUUCUUAAAAACUACACAUCACUACAUUUUCAGGUUGUGCCUUACUACCACGGAGAUUGAUUUGUUGAUUCUCUCUAAUCGUCUUUAUUGGUAUCAGUUUUCAUGUAAAUGGUAGUCAAAUCUUAAAAGCCUGUAUACAUGGAUAAUAAACAACUCCACAC